AAUGCAAUAGUGGCUACUGUUGAUUUGGCUUUAUGCCGUCCGGUCAUUGACACAGGAAUCAGCAAAUUACCCACAAGAACGUCUCUCCUCUCCCCCUACCCUCAGUCCCACAAAGAUUCCAUACGAGUCCUCUUCUCUGUCGGUAAGAGCAGGAAGGUGUGGCUCUCUGCUUUAUACCUGUUUUACAGGACGGGAUACUCUACUACCCGUAGCCAUGGAAGUAGGAAUAGCUCCGGUAUGAUAUCUGACCUUCCCCUGUCACUCAGGCUUUCAUCAAUCCCAACUUCCCACUUGCUCCAUUCAGCACCAAGUAUCACAAUAAAGAUGGUGAGAUGUUCUCAUAGAUUGAUUCCAUUAGCAAAAACCCGAAAAUAUGGCUGUUCUUCGUCUUGGACAAGACAGGCUCGCCUUGUGAUGGUUGCAAAGGAGAAUGCAGGCUUAGUUGGAAACGAAAUGAAUGCAGCUGAAGGAAUUGAACCAGUCCACAUGAUCAAAUCACGUCUUUAUCAGGCCGUUGAUGGAAUCAACAGAGGAAUUUUUGGAGUUACAUCUGCUAAAAGAUCUGAGAUCGAAGGUUUGGUAAAGUUGCUCGAAUCUCAGAAUCCUACUCCGGAUCCCACAGCAAGUCUAGACAAGGUUGCAGGAUGCUGGAAGCUCCUUUAUAGCACAAUUACAAUCUUAGGUUCAAAGAGAACAAAGCUGGGUUUGCGUGAUUUCAUCUCCUUGGGGGAUUUCUUUCAGAUCAUUGACGUUGCUAAGGGUAAAGCAGCUAACGUGAUCAAGUUCAACGUGAGAGGCUUGAACAUGUUGAAUGGACAGUUAACUAUUGAGGCCUCCUUCAAGAUAGCAUCUAACUCGAGAGUUGACAUCAAUUAUGACAGCUCAACAAUUACUCCGGACCAGUUGAUGAAUUUAUUCCGGAAAAACUACGAUAUCCUGCUGGGUAUUUUCAAUCCCAAAGGUUGGCUCGAGAUCACGUAUCCUCUCUGUAAACACCAACAUCGCUCUUAUUAUUUUACUGCAUUGUAUUUUCCGCUUCACCAUCCCGAGACACACAAGCUGCAGAAAGGUCCUUGACUCAGAGGCCAUUAGAUAUGUUGAUGAAAGUCUGAGGAUAGGGAGAGACGACAAAGGCAACAUAUUUAUCCUUGAGAGAUCCGAAGAUCAACUGUGACUUCUGUUUCCAGUGUGUAUUGCUUCGCAUGUCGUCUUUUGCAUUCUGGUUUAUCCUGAUUCCAUGAACUAUGAUUUUGUAAACUGUAAGGUCUCGUUUGGUCCGCGAGAAUGGAAUGGAUUAGAAUGGAAUGCUCAUUUCUUCAUUGCUCCUCA